GGAAGGUUUUCCUGGAGAAUGAAGUGCGGUUUGGUUUCCUUGUCAACGGAAGAUGAAGUGAACAACUGAACAUCUCCCCAGUGCAGGGUUAAAGACAAGUGAUCCAACCAUGACCGGCAAAACACAGACCAGCAACGUCACCAAUAAGAAUGACCCAAAAUCCAUCAACUCCAGAGUCUUCAUCGGCAAUCUGAACACAGCCAUUGUCAAAAAAGGUGAUAUCGAGGCGAUCUUUGCAAAGUAUGGGAAAAUAGUUGGCUGCUCAGUGCACAAAGGUUAUGCAUUUGUACAGUACAUGAGCGAGAGGCAUGCAAGGGCUGCAGUGGCAGGAGAGAAUGCCAGGAUCAUCGCAGGGCAGCCACUAGAUAUCAACAUGGCAGGAGAACCAAAACCAUACAGACCAAAACCUGGCAACAAGCGACCACUUUCAGCACUUUACAGACUUGAAUCAAAGGAGCCUUUCCUGUCCGUUGGUGGUUAUGUCUUUGAUUAUGAUUACUACAGAGAUGACUUCUACAAUCGGUUGUUUGAUUACCACGGCCGUGUACCCCCACCACCCCGUGCAGUGAUUCCACUGAAGCGUCCUCGUGUGGCUGUGACAACAACUCGCAGAGGCAAAGGGGUUUUCUCCAUGAAAGGAGCAUCACGAUCCACCUCCAGUGGGGCUUCUUCCUCAGGAUCCAAAUCACCAACCUGUCUUCCCCUGCCCCUUAUGUGGAGUGAUACUGUCCUUGGAAGCGCCACUGGAAGAGGAAGAGAAAGAUCAGUGAAAUCAGAUGAGUUGCAAACAAUCAAGAAGGAAUUAACCCAAAUCAAAACAAAAAUUGACUCCUUGCUAGGGAGACUGGAAAAGAUUGAAAAGCAGCAAAAAGCUGAAGCAGAUAAAUAUAUCGUGACUAUGCCAGUAGGAUUCCCAAGGCAAAGCAAAGUCCAGAAAAUCAAAAAAGUUGGAUCUGCUGAAGCUCAAAAGAAACAAAUGGAAGAUAAUGCCGAUUUGAUUCAAGAGGAAUGCGUAUCAGAGAAUGCAGAUAACUCUACAGAAGAGCCAAUUGAAGGAGGGCCAGAUGCAGAUGGGGAUGGAGAAGAUAUGACUGAUGGGAUAGAGGAGGAUUUUGAUGAAGAUGGCAGCAAUGAGCUGUUUCUACAGAUCAAGUGAUGAGAUGUCAUGUGGAAACCCCCUGAAGGCUGAGAAGAUAAACUCUGAUUCCCCCCUCAGAAAAUUGUGAACUGCGGUUUCUUACUGGCUAGAAACACAUUUGAUUCAAUUUGUAUGAAAACUCAGUUUACUUAUUAAAAUGGACGUUAUUGUUCAAAUAUUAGAAAUUCCAUUUCUUAUAUGUUCUAAGCUGUACAAUUGUCAGAUUUUUAUGGUUUAGAUUGUAAAUGUGUUUUUCUCUGGCUAAUUAUUGGUAUUAUUUUUUUAAUUUUGAUGUCUUAAAGGCCAAUGUACUGUAUCAUAAUAAUAUGAAGGACAUAUUUAACAGGUGUGGUAAACACUGUAUACAAAUGUAUAUUUCUAAAAGCUAUUUUUAUGAUUAGCAUGUUUUACUGUUUUACCAUAUUUAGAGUCAGGUGAUAUUGCACUCAUUUGUUUACAGCUUAACUCAAACAUGAUCACAAUUAAAUACAUUGUAUGGUAUUUUCCAUUAUUUUAUUUAUUAUAUUAAUCACUGAAAGUAAUUAUGUUUACUAAUAGGGAUAGCUACUAAAAAAUAAAAAUGUCAAAAUGAGAGAGCAAUCCUUGAUAACUCUAAAUGGGGUCCUCCUGUAAAUCCCUUUCUUUAGAUAAGCACCCUCUGUGAUGCCAUUCACUAGACAGUUGUUACAGCUGUUCCUGCAAGUCUCUAAAGGCAGUUUGUUGUUAAGAUAUGGAAAGGUUAUACAGCAGUCAGUCUACUGUCUAGCCAGGUAAACUACUUAUAGACUGCCAAUAUCUGACAACCUGAGUUAUCCUACUGAUUACUUUUCGGUUUACUUUCUGGAAGUAGUCUUUCCAUUCGUGAACCCCUAAAACCCUCCUAAAAGCUUGCAGUUGGAAUCAUUAAUUAUUACAAAUGUUGUAGGGGGAAAUCUCAGUAUAGAAUUUCUUAAUAAAUCAUGUUUCCUUUCAAACAGAAUGGAUGUAUUAUUUCUCUUGUGUUACUGAGAUAUUAAGGGUAUCAAAGCAUAUAUGAUAUGGGCUCAAGGUCAUCUUCUCUAAUGAAGGUACCAACUUUUUCACCAUCCCAAAGCUAGACCUCCUUAACAUUGCAGAUUACAUGAAACAAGGAAUAAAUAUUUAUUUAUCUACAUCCUUAUGUAAGAUACACUCUUCUAGAAAGAUACAUAUAUUUAAAGUGUUUGCAGGGGAAAAAAUAUUUGAUAGCUAUGGCCUUCCAAGAGGAAGAGACAUUAAUUUAAGAAGUACCUUACAUAGUCAAGUUGAGCUCAGACCCAGCUGUGUGACACUCUGCAGCACAGAGCCCUGAUGUCCACUGAGAUCCAUGGCCAUGGGCAUUUGGUAUCAUUCAGCACAAUAAAGAUGAACCCUUGCCUUGCCCUUUCAAUCAUUCCCUGUAGGCUGAAAGCAAGAGAAAAAUAAAGGUAUCAGGGAGACUCUUUAAUAGAUCAGACUUUCAAUUUCUAUAAAAAACAGCAGUUUCUGAGAUGAUAGAUGCACCUCAAACAGUGGGGGUAUGAGGACAUGGGAGCUCAAGGUCCCCAAUCAGGUUUCCAGCAUGUGUAACAUCACCAAAGGACUGAUAUUCUUCAAACAUUUGGAAGAAAAGCAUAUAUUUGAAUUUCAUUAUCUAUUACUGAGUGGCAAUUUACUUCACUAGGAGACUAUGUCACAUAUCAGUUAUUUUUGUGUAUCUUAUAUUUAGCUUGUCUAUUGUCUGUGGAGUUACAUGGUUUACCUAAGUGCUGAGUAGUACCUAGCUACUUAAUUAAGGAAAGAAUAGUAUAAGUAGUUACACCUGAGCACGAAGAAUCACAGCUUCAGAAUCCACCAAGGCUGCCUCUUCCAGAAAAGUGCAGCAAAAAAACAUUACUUCUGUGUAAGUAAAAUGUUAGGUCAAGUCAAAAGGGUGAAAUUUUUCUCCACUUUCUUUCUAUUGGUAUAGGUUAUGAUAAUUUUUAAUUGUAAAAAUAAAUAAUUUUUUUAAUGACAUUUUGGGAUCUAUAUCUUUGGCUGACAGUUACAAAAAAGAACUUUAAACCUUAUCAGCUUAACAGUCAUUUUGCCCAUUUCAAUUACGUAAAAUGUUGGCUUACUUAAAAGAUGCAGAAUGUCAUCCAAGGAGAUCAGCUCUGAUGUUGGUGUUAAUAAACUGUGUAUGAGAAACAGCUAGGUGUAUCAUCUCUUCACCACCUCCAUUCCAAAUGAGCUAAUAACCACAGAAAGCACUCUAUUAGAUUUUUACAAACUCUUGCCAAUUAUUAUGCUUAGAUUAUAUAUUCACAGAAAUGAUUGCACCAUCAUAAUGUCAACACUGUUUCACACCACAGCUUAAGUCCUGAAUAUAUUUUGAACACAAAAAGACAUGAGGCACUACUUCGUUUGCAAGCCAGAAGCUUGUUGUGACAUGCGGUUGAUUACUAGCAAAGUUUUUUAAUGGCAUGUUUGCUUCAAAUUACUACAGAGGAUGCUGGUAGCUUCAACAGAGAGUGAUAGUUCUCUACUUUUCAUGUGUGCGGUAUGCUCAGUGUUGUUUGCCAUCACUACCUAUAUUUGUUUUACAUAGGUUUUGUCAGUUGUGGGGUUUUUUUAACAUUGCUCAUCCCUUGCAAUAUAGAAGAAAAGGAAACAUAAAGGAUCUUGUCAAUUGGUUUGGAUAGUCAACAGUCUUAUAAAAUCCUUUAUGGACAGUCCUGAAUUAAACCAAUUCAUUUUCUACACAGAUCUAUACACUCUGUGUAUUUCAGAUAUUUGUUUCAAACCUGUGCAGCUGCAUGAAUGGAAAAUAUUUACUAAAGCUUUAAAGUUUGGGUCAAGAAAAAAUAUUUUUACUUUUGUAAACUCUUGUAUUAAAUAUUGUUGCAGUUCUUAUUCAUUUUCUCUGUAGAUCCAUUUUUAGUUCUGAAAAAUCAUUGUACUUAAACUAUGUAGAUAGCUACAAUCUUGUAAGCCGUCAUAUUUUUAAUAGGUGCCACUGCAAGUUAGAAUGAAUACAUUCAGGGUUUGCCCAUAUAGAGCAGAUUGAUGGUUCAUUAGUUUUCUUUAAAAUGUUGUAACAUAAUUUUUACAUGUCUGUAAAUAAAUAUUUUCUCUGA